AAAUCUUCUCAGUGUAACUCAGCUGAAUUCCCAUCUCCUGUCAACAUGUCCUAUAACUGCUGCUCUGGGAACUUCUCCUCCCGCUCUCUGGAGGGCUGCCUUCACUAUCCAGUCACCUCAUGUGGCUCUUCCUCUCUCAGGAAGCUGAUCUACAGUACUGAUCUUUGCUCUCCUAGCACCUGUCAACUGGGCUCCUCUCUCUACAGGGGCUUCCAGGAGAACUGCUGUGAGCCCAGAAGCUGCCAGACUUCCCGUGUGGUGUCCAGCCCCUGCCAGAUCUCCUGCUACCUCCCAAGGACCUCCACUCUCUGCAGUCCUUGCCUGAGGACUUACACUAGAUCUCUAGACUUCAGUUCCAGAAGUUGUCAAUCCUUAGGCUAUGGAUCUAGAAGCUGCUAUUCACUUGGCUGUAGAUCCAGUGGCUUUAGACCCUUGAGUCACAGAAUCUGUGGCUUCCCUUCACUCAUCUAUGGAUCCAGUCUCUGCCACCCAACCUAUUUUCCUUUUAGAAAUUUCCAGUCAUCUUGUUAA